AUGAACGAGAAGCCAGUGACCGUCAUCUACGACACGAUGAUCGGCAAGAAGUCGGGGGAUGGCAGCGGGAUGUUACAGGACGAUGAAGCUCCAGCCGUCACGAGGUCGCCUGGCACGGCCAGCAUCAAGAGAACUUUCAUGAUUAAAGUGAAUCGAGUAGUGCGAGCUUUUGUUCCGAGCCUCUCACCAUCGACGCGGUUCAUUCUCUGGAAGCUCUGUCUGAUGUUUGCAGUCGACUCCUUCGCCAGUGGUCUUAUCGCCUUCACCGAUCAGCCUCGUUUCCUCCCUUAUGGCCAUCCCAUUCCUUUUCAGCGCGAUUUCUUCCCUCCUAGCGUCGCCCAUCUCCAAACGGCUUGGGCUCUUACCCACGAUGGUUCUAACGCACCUUCCCUCAGCCGUCAUCAUCACCUUCCUCCCACUAGCACCGACGCUUGA